UGAAGUUUUUUUAACAAAUCAUUUGAAUAGUUAAUAGAUUGUGUUUAUUUGGAAUAGAUGUCAUUGGUCUUUUAACUUCAGUCGGAGAAGAGAAAGAAUAUGCAAAAGAGGAGAAAAUUGUGAAAAUGAUUGCAUUGGAAUUAACUUCAAAAGAUCUUACAGUGCGAUGUGCAUUGUUUGGGGAUUAUGUUAAUCAAGUGAAUCAUUUUCUUGCCUCUGGCUAUGUGGAGCAGCCUGUUGUGGUGAUUCAGCUUGCAAAAGUCAAGUUCUUUAGGGGUCAAGUAGGUCUUCAAAAUGUGAUGUAUGCCACUCAAAUAUUAUUUAAUCCUGAUAUUCCUGAAGUUGUUGAGUUCAGGCAGAGUAUAAUUGAGCAAGGUGUCAAUGGUACCCAUCCGCUGUUUAUUGCAAAUGAGGGUAAAGUUCUCUCAUUGGAAGAUGAUUUCAUGUGUUUAACUAGAAAAUUCACUAUUGAAGAGCUUCAAGAUAACAAUCAGGAGGGUUCUUUUAUCAUCUUUGGUGCAAUUCAAGGUAUUGUUGAGGAUGGAGGUUGGUGGUAUUCUGCUUGUGUGUGUGGAAAGGGUAUCUAUCCUCAAAAUGGUGCAUAUUACUGUGAUUUUUGUUUGAAGCACAUAACUAAUGUGACUCCAAGAUUUAAAAUUAAAAUAACAGUUGAAGAUCAUAUUGGGGAGGGUAUUUUCCUUCUCUUUGAUCGUGAGGCAUCUUAUUUGCUUAAGAAGUCAUGUGCUGACUUGUUUACUGAGGUUCAAAGAGAUGCAAGUCUUAUAUGUGGGGAUACUUAUCCUCCCAUAUUUCAAGUGCUCAUUGGAAAGAAGUUGCUGCUCAAGGUUGAUACCAAAGGUGUCCCACAUGAUACAUUUUAUGGGACUUUUCGAGUUAGGAGAAUUUGUGAUGAUUCCACUAUUAUUGCGAUGUUUGAACUUCCCGAUUAUGACGCUGAUGACGAGUCUACUCCAAAAAAUGAGCAUGAUUUACACAAAUCUGUUCCUUAUGGAAAAUGGGAUGUUGGUAUUAAGAAGGAGUUUUCAGAUACUUUUAUCAAAAGUGAGAAAGAUGCUGGUGAGUGUCCUGGGAUUUUGUGUAAAUCCCCGAUUCUUAUAGAUUUUUUAGCUGGAAAACAGCCUGCUGUUUCUGGAGUGACUGAGUUUGUUGCCUUAAAUGAUGGUGAACAUGGAAAAGAAGAGAAAACACCUAGCAAUAAUACUGUUAGUGAUGAUCUUUCUGCUGAACUCGAUAUAUUGCUUAGCUCAGCAGAAAAAGAAACUCAGGAGGUGUUGUCCCAUAUUGUUGAUGCAUCUUCGCAAUAUGGAGAGAAGAUUAUUCAUGAGAAUCAUGUUGUCACCUGCAAGGGUAAGAGGAAUUUGAAUCCUCAAUUUGAAGAGGCUGCUGUUGAUGUAGAUGGGCGUGGGUUGAAGGUUGCCAAGGUUAAUGGAGUUUGA